AAAAUCUCAGUAUUCUUGUCUGGUUCCGGUAUAUUUUUUAUUACCCGUGGAUCGAUUCUCCUAGACUUCACCACAACAAGAUCUCUUAAGGGUAGUUUAGGUAUAAAAAUAAGCUGCAAAUAUCCUCAACUUGUAGACUUGCAGCUAUUCAAGUUGAAUCAAGACUCCGUCUUUUUGAGGUAUCUUUGCAGUUUUGGAGAAGACGAAACAAAGUCAUGAAGACCUUCUUUACUUGCUGCGCUGUCAUCUUGUCACUAUUUCUUGAAGCAUCACUUGGUUUAGAUUCUGUUAACUACGUCCCUGUUGGAUGUUACAAAGACGAUCAAGAAACGCCAAGACCCCUGCCAGAAUUGAUCCACAACUAUCGUUUGAACAAAAUUGACUGGCACGACCUAGAGGGAUCGGUGAUCGAGCAAUGCGCUCGAGAAGCUCGUAAGAGAAACUACUUGUAUUUUGGGAUACAGUUCUUUGGUGAGUGCUGGAGCGGACCUCAGGCUCACGAGACGUACUUCAAGGAUGGUCGAUCGAGUUACUGUACUCAAGGAGUGGGAAGGCAAGAAACUAACAUGGUUUACAGGCUAACAGGGGACGAGAAUGAAUGCGUUCAGUACCACGUAUUUAACACUAAGGAGCGCUCAGUUUUGUACCAGGAAUCUGGCACUGCCUGUGACAACGGAUACGAUUCUAGCUUUGGCGGUCCCUUCGUGCCGGGUUGGUAUCGCUUCGAGGGGGAAGCAGGAGCUUUGCUGAACGACAAACYAAUGUACAAGCGAUGCUUGACAUACGGAGUAGGCUGGUACCAAGGCUCGUACCCAGAGGUCACCCAAGGAAUCGUCGAUGAGAAAAAAGCUUGUUUCUCAAAAUCUUGUGAUAGAUAUGUGUACAUUAGGAUCAGAAACUGUGGCGAAUUUUUCGUCUAUGACUUGAAGAAAAUUCCCGGAUGCAGUUUUCGAUACUGUGGCAAUGCGUAUAAAAGAAAGCAUUGCUUCCUGAAUUGUCACACGGCGAUUUGGACUAAAGAAUUCGAGGUUUCUAGAGUGAUUUCUAGGAUUGAAGGCACGAUGUUUUUGGUUGGUGUAUUCGCCCUGGCUUUGAUCGUCAAAGCUACUGGUGAAGAAGUUGGUGAUGACCUAGUAAAGUACGAAGGAAUUGGUUGCUAUAACGACAACAUGAGCAGACCACUACCCAUCCUCCUAAAAAACUUCCGAGAUACUAUCGAUUGGGAAAACGAGUGGCCGAGCUUCGACCGAGUCGUCAAGGACUGCGCAAAACUGGCUCACUCCAAAGGAUACACGUACUUUGGAAUCCAGUUCUAUGGGGAGUGCUGGACAGGAGUUGAGGCUUACAAAACGUUUGAUAAGAAGGGAAAGUCGACCAGUUGCAUACACGGCGUAGGCAGACAGUGGGCGAACUUUGUAUAUAUGAUCACUCAAGAUCGACUGGAAUGCAGCAAAGACGUGUACAAGACGCUGAGCGAGGCCACGAGAUCCAUCCAUGCAUCAUCCAGUACCGAUUUCUAUUGUGAUGAUAAGUUAAUGGGUGAUAAAGUAUCCAGUUGGUUCCGUUUCACGGGAGAAGCAGGUAACAGCUUGACUCUGAAACCACCGCACACUGAGCAUUGUACCACUUUGAGUGGAGGGUGGAUGGAAGGAAGGCUCCCUAAGGAUAAGGACGCUUCUGUUACAAGAACGGUUUGCUUCCCUAGUGUGCCUUACCCAAGCGAUGAUGGAGAUAAAUGUCAAGAAAAAUUGGAAAUAAUGGUGCGCAACUGUGGGCACUUCUUCGUGUAUAAACUACAAAAGCCACCAAACUGUCCCUUUCGCUACUGUGGUGAUACGAUAUCUAUUAAAGAUUACUAGGAAGGACCUCCAUUAUUCAUAGGAGCCCAAGAGAUGGUUCUGACUAGAAACAGGAUGAUUCGAAGCAGCAGCGAACAAUACUAAGACAAAAUAUAGGGAUAUCCACUAUGAUUUCAUGUGAUUAUUUCUCGUCACAGGCAAAAAGAUGUACAAUCUGAACAGAUAAUACCCUUGCCAGUAGAUGAACAAAUGAUGUCAUAGUAUCAUAUUCCGCAAAACAUGUAGCUUUAAUAUUCAAUAAACUCAUUAAAGAAAAGUAA